UCAUGUUGCUUUGUCAGCACAUUUUGAAUGUAAAAGUUGUCGCAAAAGUGUUAUCAAAAUGAAGCGUGUGUCCAGUACUUCUGUUAGGCAGUCCCUCGGUAUGCCCUCCAGAGAUGUGGCAUUGGAGAGGUACGAUCCUGGAGAGGGGAAGGUGAAGAGAAAGUCAAAACCUCCUAUGGGCGGUGGUCGGCCCUCAACUGCAGCAGCUGGCAGUCAACGCAGAAAGACUACCACCAAAGCUGCUCCUUCAACACAGUUUGGUAGGAGAGCCACACAGAGUGGAGCCAUGGGAGGAUCCAGGGCCUCCACGGGAAGGUCAAGUAUGUACGGACAAGGCCCCUCUCAGGUGAAGAAGGAUCCACGCCAGCUCUCUGAGAAAUCUCACCAGUCUGCAGUCAUCAAAAAGCUUAUAGCUUUCCUAUGUGAGCACAACUACUCGCGAACUCUGACCCCCAAGUCCCUUCAACCACCCACCACCAAGGAGUUCCUCAACAUAUUCAACUUUUUGCUGUCUAUGAUUGACAACACUCUUAUAGUGGAUGGAAUGAACAUCACUGAGACUAUUCCUAGAGUGCUCAAGGCUGUCAGAUACCCGUUUCCUGUUAGCAAGAACCACCUCCUCAACGUGGGCAGUCCUCAUUCUUGGCCCAUCCUCUUGGGAGCACUAGACUUCCUCGUGGACUGUCACAUUCCUGACCGUACCGACGAUAUCCUGUUUGGCAGUGACUUUGAUGGAGAGAGUGAUCGCUAUGCUAAAGAGUUUAAUCUGAUGUCAUUCAUGUACCAGACUUACAUGGAGUAUGGACUAGACAGCCCUGAGUAUCAGAACCUGGCCGCCAAGAGAGUGGAGAAACUCAGAGAAGACAAAGAGUCGUAUCAAGAAGCCGUGGACAAAGCUGUGGAGAUCAAACAACAACAAGACGAGGCCAUUGACCAACUCUCCCACUCAUCAGUGAGUGCCCUCCAGGAGCAGCUGAGGCAGAUGCAGGCAGAGCAUGAACAAGUCCAGAAUGUGCUCGACACAGAACUAUUGCCUGCCAUUCAACAAAUAGAGCAGGCUAUUGUCAAUACCGAGUCAACCAUCAGCAAAACAGAGUUACAGAUUGAGGAGUGCAAGCGUAACAGUGAGGAGCUGGAGGAGAUGAUUCGUAGACAGCCCAUGAGCUCUAAGGAGGUGGUGGAGAUCAGGCAGCGGAUUAGAGAGAGUCACGAGUUGUUGGACAAGUACAGGAGUAUGGUGGACGAUUGGAACCAACAGAUAUCAGAGCUACAGAUGAAGCACAACCGGACUGUGUCAGGUAUUGACAGCUCAUGCAGUGCUGCUAACGACAAGCUGAGACGAUUGGCUGUAUUACUACCGGAUGUGGCAUCUCUAUCUCCCAUAGACCAUGACACCAGUAAGAGGGCUGAUCCAGAGGUACUCCAAAGACUUGUACACCACGCUAAAACACUCCGGCAUCAAGUCACAGAGCUACUCCAGAAAGUGGCCAGCAACUGCUCCGAGCUGGAGAGUCGAAUAAUUCAUGCCGAGGCCACUCGGUCCACUUUGAAUGCUGAGAGAGUGAGGAAACAGUUGGAGCUUGAGAACCUCCAGCACACUCUGGAUAUUGAGAAAGACGCUCUGGAACAAAAAAGAAAGAUGUUCGAGGAUGCUAUGAAGUCGGAACAGGCUGAAAAGCAUGCUCUUGAGAAGCAAGUGAUGACUCUACAGCAGCGUCUGCUUGAUGAUACAGACGCAGAGAAGGAGUUCAUGGCAGCCAAGAAACAGUUGAUCACAGAGCAAGUUAGUGCAGAGAGGGAGAUUAGAGAGUCACAAGACAAGCUGAGGGAGUACUUCACUGCAGUGACUGACCUUGUGGAAACCAUGCAGAGCCAUUUCAAGAAGAUGAAGUCAGGCGUGGAUGGGUUAGUGAAAGAUUUCAAACAAGUCAAAAUGCCUGCAGUUCCUCCCAGCUACCUCACACCCACACAACCCACACAACCAGCACUACCUCUAGUGUUGUAACUGACUCGAGACAUUUGUCAUUGUUGUGUUAUUAGAUCCUAUAAUUAUUGUUAUGUUAAUGUGCUUGUGAUGUAACACAUGAUUUUCAAAGUGGA